AUGAUUCCUCUAACGGAAAUUUGUAGUUCUAUUAUUCAAAGAAAUCUACCGACCAAGCUACAAGAUACAGGGAGUUUCAUGAUUCCUUGCUUAAUUGGCACUUCUACUUCUCUUAAUUGUCUUUGCGAUUUAGGUGCAAGUAUAAAUCUAAUGUCGUUAUGUCUUUUCAGGAAAAUAUAUGGAAACCAACCGAUAAAACAAACUUCCAUGAUGCUCCAAUUGGCCGACCAUUCACUCAAGAGACCGCACGGGGUUGCGGAAGACGUGCUAGUAAAAGUGGGCAAGUUCAUCUUUCCGGUGGACUUUGUUGUGCUUGAUUAUGCGGUCGACAAAGAUUGCCCCAUAAUUCUUGGACGUCCUUUUUUAAAUACGGGGCGAGCAUUGGUUGAUAUUAAUGCGGGGAAGAUAACAUUGAGAAUGAAUGAUGAGAGCAUGGAGUUCGAUAUCAAGCAUGGAAAAAACAAGUGUGAGUAG